CCUGGCGGCGCAGCGGAAGGUGGCGCUGGUGACGGGCAUCACGGGGCAGGACGGGAGCUACCUGACUGAGCUGCUCCUGUCCAAGGGGUACGAGGUGCACGGCCUCAUCCGCCGCUCCUCCAACUUCAACACCCAGCGCCUCGAUCACAUCUACCACGACCCGCACGCGACGCCCUCCGCCGCGCGCCCGCCGAUGCGCCUCCACUACGCCGACCUCUCCGACUCGUCCUCCCUCCGCCGCGCGCUCGACCACGUCCUCCCCGACGAGGUCUACAACCUUGCUGCCCAGUCCCACGUCGCCGUCUCCUUCGAGGUCCCCGACUACACAGCCGACGUCACCGCCACCGGCGCGCUCCGCCUACUCGAGGCUGUCCGCCUCUCCGCCAAGCCCAUGCGCUACUACCAGGCGGGGUCCUCGGAGAUGUUCGGCUCCACGCCGCCGCCGCAGAGCGAGACCACGCCCUUCUACCCGCGGUCACCCUACGCGGCCGCCAAGGUCGCCGCGCACUGGUACACCGUCAACUACCGCGAGGCCUACGGGCUCUUCGCGUGCAACGGCGUGCUCUUCAACCACGAGUCCCCCCGGCGCGGCGAGAACUUCGUCACCCGCAAGAUCACCCGCGCCAUCGGCCGCAUCAAGGUUGGGCUCCAGACCAAGGUCUUCCUCGGCAACCUCUCCGCCGCCAGGGAUUGGGGCUUCGCCGGGGAUUACGUCGAGGCGAUGUGGCUCAUGCUCCAGCAGGACAAGCCUGGCGAUUAUGUUGUCGCCACCGAAGAGUGCCACACGGUGGAGGAGUUCUUGCAGGCUGCUUUUGGGUACGCCGGCCUCAACUGGAAGGAUCAUGCGGUCAUUGACAACAAGUACUUUCGCCCUUCCGAGGUGGACUGCCUUCAGGGAGAUUCAUCCAAGUCGAGGAGAGUGCUUGGGUGGAAGCCCAAGCUUGGCUUCCAGCAGCUAGUGGAGAUGAUGGUAGAUAACGACAUCGAGCUCGCCACGAAGGAGAAGGUCCUUGUGGAUGCUGGCUACCACGACAUCUAGCCUUGGAGGGGAUUAUCUUCGACAAGAUCAUCGUCGUG